GAACAGCUGUGGCUUGAUGGCAGCGAUGCCGCUCACCCUGCUGUGGGUUAUGUAUCUGCUGCCCAGCCAUUUCGCCCUGCCACUGCCCCAGGAGGCGGGGGACAUGAAUAAACUGAAGUGGGAACAGGCACAGGACUAUCUCCAGAGAUUUUAUUUUCUUGAUUCAAAAACAAAGGAUGCCAACAGUUUCAAAGACAAACUCAAGGUGAUGCAAAAGUUCUUUCACCUACCUUUAACUGGAAAGUUAAGUUCUUAUAUCAUAGAAAUAAUGCAGAAGCCCAGAUGCGGAGUGCCAGAUGUUGCAGCAUAUUCACUAUUCACAAAUAAGCCAAAAUGGACUUCCAAUGUAAUCACAUACAGGAUUAUAUCGUAUACUUCCGACUUACCACGUAUCAAAGUGGAUGAAAUAGUGGCAAAGGCUUUAAGCCUGUGGAGCAAGGAGAUCCCACUGAGUUUCAGGAGAAUUAGGUUUGGAACAGCUGAUAUCGAGAUUGGAUUUGCAAGAGGAGCUCAUGGUGACUUCAACCCAUUUGACGGACCAGGAAACAUACUAGCUCAUGCCUUUCCACCUGGGCCAGGCUUAGGAGGAGAUGUUCAUUUUGACAAGGAUGAAUACUGGACUGAUGGCAGCAGUCUAGGAAAUAACUUCCUAUAUGCUGCAACUCAUGAACUUGGCCAUUCUCUGGGUUUGAGUCACUCCAAUAACCCUAAUGCUGUGAUGUAUCCAACAUAUGAAAUUGCAGAUUUUCAAAGUUUCAAACUUGCAAGGGAUGAUGUUGAAAGCAUUCAGGAAUUAUAUGGAAAGAGAAGUGAUUAAAGAAAAAGAUAGAAACUUCAGAAAGAAUAUCCAUUCAUUCAUUAAUUGGAUUCUGUAUUAAUAUUACCCAAGCAGAAUUAACUGACACUCUUCUGUACUCAGUCCAGCAUUUACUUCAUUCUUCCUUGGGUUGUGGUUGCUUUGGGGCCAUCUCCCCCUUCCUCUGAGGAUAAACUCCUUUAUAACAUGAGUUGGCCUUACUCGUGUGUUACUGUC